AUGACAGAUUCUCUUCUUAAUGAAGAGGUCGAUGCAAAAACUGCCCUCUUGAAUGCUUCUAAGUUGCAGGAGAGGAUGUGGUCUGAGAAAGCAAAAAUCAAAUGGCUGAAGAAUGGAGAUCGAAAUUCAAAGUUUUUUCUUCUCUCUGUGAAGAUAAGAAGAUCCAAAAAUCAGAUUAGCACUCUGGAUUUUGAGGAUGGUUCUUUGGUUUCUGAUCAGCAGGACUUGACCACCUAUAUGGUUGAUAAUUAUGAGAAUUUUCACUCUCAUGUUCCGGUGUAUCCUCAUCAUGAGAUGCUUGACCAAAUUCCAAAAUUUAUUUCAGAUGAUGAUAAUCUCUUCUUGGAUGCCAUUCCUACCAUGGAGGAAGUCAAGCAGGUAGUGUGGGAUCUUGAUGCAGAGAGCUCUCCAGGGCCAAAUGGUUUCUUAGUUUUGUUGAAGAUUUCAGCCUCUAGAUUAACAUCACUUCUCCCAAAGUUGAUUUCUGCUAAACAGGGUGCCUUCCAGAAGGAUAAAAUUAUUUCGACAAAUAUUGGCCUAGCCUCAGAGCUGGCUAAUUUGAUGCACUCAGCGGAUUCAUCAGAUGUUGGUUUCAACAAGAAUUUCUAUCUUGUUGAAUGGAGGUCCAAUGGGUUUCUUUGGGGUCAGGCGAGGUCUGAGACAAGGGGAUCUCAUCUCUCCUAUUCUGUCUAUUUUGAUAGAAGAAGUCCUGUGCAGGGGUCUAAAGAAUAUGGUUGUGGAAGGAAAGUUGAAAGCUCUCUCGGCCCAAGAGGUGUAGUUACUCCUUCUCAUCUGCUCUUCGCAGAUGACAUAUUCAUAUUUAUUAAUGGCUCGGCCAGAUAUGUGAAGCAACUCCAUGAGUUUUUAUCCAAGUAUCAGGAUUAUUCUGGUCAGAAGAUUAACUUGGAGAAAAGUAAGGUAUUUUUUGGGAAGAUUGCCCCACACAGAAGACAGUUUAUUACAGAGUACUUGGGAGUGGCUGCGGCUACUCUUCCCAAAAAAUAUCUGGGAGUGGAGAUCUUUAAAGGAAGAGUGAAAAAUUGUUACCAUCUUCCUCUUCUGGAUAAGAUAAAAAGUAAACUUGCUGGGUGA